AUGAGAGGUGCUACACACAUCGAUCUGUUGGCAGCGUUGGUGUCGACGCAGCAAAGACCACUACACGUACUGAGCCGAGACAGUGCCCUGUCGUCGCUCCCUUUUGAAUCGGAUGAAAUACAUGUAGUACCGGCCACAACGACCCCAAGUCAACACCUUGCUACCGCUUUCGAUGUCAGUGUGACCUCACCGGAAUCCAUCUUGGGAAAGCUCAAUCCAGAAACUGCCGAUUGGCUUCGCUUCAUUGCCUGGACGGAUUUUCGAUUGGCCGUUACCUUUUUUGUGGUGUCGCCCUUGGUAUUGUUGGCGUGGAGUGCAGUGGAAUGCCGUCCACAACGACAAGCUGACGAACGAAGUUUGGCGGCCGAUGCCAUUUUGAGGGUCAUCACGGGAUAUUGGCAAGCAUCCGCGUUGCUUUUGAUAACCGUGUUACUGAAUAUUGAAGCAUCUCCCAUUGGAGUCGUGACGGGAGCUGUCGCUCAAGCCAUGAUCUAUGUGUCACUGAAUUGGUGGGAAUCUCUCAACAAAGAAGCCGCGUCCGAAGAAGGAGCAUUGAGCAAGAUGUUCGCG